AUGAAUAAUAUGUGGCAACAACAACCAUUUGGCAAUAAUAAUAAUAAUAACGAAGGAAUGCAACAACAACAACAGCAGCAGCAGCAAUGGAAUCAACAACAAAUGUGGAACAAUCAAGAAACAGGUAUUGGAGGUGUUGCAUCAUUUUAUCAGCAACAAUCAUAUCCAAACAACAACAACAACAACUCUUUGAACCAUAAUACACCAAGUGGUAGUAACAACAAUAAUAGUAGUAGUAGUAGUAGUAGUAGUUAUACAACUAUUAAUUGGUAUAAUGAUGGUACUACACCUAUUACAAACGCUACAAAUACUACUCCGAUCACUAACAAUAAUGAUCAACUGACAAUGAAUACUGCAUUUAUGAGUAAUACUACCAAUUGGUAUGAUCAACAAAAUCAAUAUAAUAGUUUCUAUCAACAGCAACAACCGAUGACAUCAAUAACAAGCACCUCAUCGACGACUGGUGGAUCUUCUAUUAUUGUUCCUCCACCUGUUUUUAAAUCAAAGUCAAAGAGACUAGUUAAUAAUACUGCUGAUCAACAAAUACAACAACAACAACCAAUACAACAACAACAACAAUUAUCAACUAUGCAACCACAACAAUUACAACAACAAUUAUUUAUGCAACAACAACAAUACAAUUAUUAUCAACAAAUGCCAUAUCAACAAAAUAACAAUCCAUUUGGUAAUGGUAUAGAUCAAACGCAACAACAAAAUCAACAAUUGCAACAACAACCACAACAACAACAAACCUACGCAAGUAUAGCAGCUUCUCAAAUUCCACCAACAACAAACAAAAAUACUCUACAACAACCUCAACAACCUACUGGGAAAAAACAAUUUAGUAAGAAACAACAACAACAACAACAACAACAACAACAACAACAACAACAACAACAACAACAACAACAGAAUCAACAAAAUCAACAACAUCAACAACAACAAAUGGAUGAAAUGAAAAAGAAAAAGUUUGAAGAGACUUUAACACGAUUUGUUCAAAGAUCUUUAGAAAGUUGUUCGACAGGGGAUCUAGAUGAAAUGCAAACAAAAAUUAAGCAAGUUAUUCAAGAGGCAAGAAAAAGACCUGAUUUUAAUAUGAUUGAUUGGGAUAAAGAACCAACUGUCUAUUUGGAUAAAAAAAGAAAUGAAAAUGUUUGGAAAAAUGAUGUCUUUCCACUAAAAGGUAAUAAACAACAAAAAGAAAAAAAGAGAAAACAAUUUAAUGAAUUUAAUGAUUCAGCAACCAAUAUAUAUAAGCGAUCGAUGAGAUUCAAAGAUACAAGUACAUCAACAUCGACUACAUCGACGAUGACUACAUAUACAGCAGAUGGUGAGUUGGAUUGGGAUUCAAUGACUAUAAAAGGUACAUGUAACGAUUUAGAGAAACCAUAUUUGAGAUUGACAUCGGCACCUGACCCAUCAACCGUAAGAUCAGAGACUACACUUAAAAAAACAUUGGAAUAUUUGAAAAAACAUUGGAUCGAACAUCAAGACUAUAUUUAUACAUGUGAGCAAUUUAGAUCGAUGAGACAAGAUCUCACAGUACAGAGAAUCAAGAAUCAAUUCACUAUUCAGGUAUAUGAAACUCAUGCUAGAUUGGCAAUGGAGAAUGGCGAUUUGGGACAAUUUAAUCAAUGUCAAACUCAAUUAUUCGAACUUUACAAACAACCAGGAUUAACGGGAAGUAUUGCAGAAUUCUACAGCUACAGAAUCAUUUAUUGUAUAUAUCAAAAUAACAGUACGGAUAUGACAAAAACCUUGUCAGAGUUGACAAAACAACUCUCAAUGGAAGAAUGUGUCAAACAUGCACUCAACAUUAGAACAGCCUUUUACGGCAACAACUAUGUCCUCUAUUUUAAGCUUUGCAAGAAAUCUAUAUUUAUGGAAAAUUAUUUGCUAGAUAAAAUUACUCCAAGAAUUAGAAUCACUGCUUUACAGGCUUUAUUUAAAUCGUUCCGACCAACAUUACAACUCGAACAAAUCAUUCAACUUGGAUUCAUCAACGAAAGGGAUACAAGAGAGUUUUUGGAAAAGAAUAAGAUUAUUUUCACAAGCAAGGAAAAGAAUGAAAUCGAUACAAAAAUUAAUCUUCAAACUGCUUUGUCAAUGGAGCCCCCAACCAUCACUGUAAUUACAAAUGAUAGAUUAUAG